AUUGUAAAAAGUCACGGAGGCCUAAAACACCUGUUUCCACAUGUGCGUGUACACAAAGUAGGAUAAUAUAUGUACAUAUAUAUUAAAAGUUGGCUCUUCUCGUGAUCUGUGCAUAGUCUACAUGAUACUAAUUCUUGGGUUUUGGUGGGUUUACUUCAAUCAUUGCUAUAUAUCCACCUAUCUUUGAAUCAUUCACUUUAUAAUUGGGAUCUACUAAAUUAAGAAGAGAGAGAGAGAGACCCAUUUUGGAGUUUUGGGUAUUGAUUUUGAAAGUGAAAUUUUUUUGAAUGACAAAGUUAUGAGUAUUUUGCCAGGCUUUUGGAAGGAUUUGAGUGGUAGCAGCUCAAAAAAUAGCUUUGGUUUUGCUAUAAAAGAAGAUAAAGCUUCAUAGUAGUAAUAUAAAGCCGUUCUCUAGCCGAGGAUCUAUCGAAAACAACGUCUCUGCCCUUCUAGGGGUAGAGGUAAGGCUGCGUACAUCUUUCCCUCCCCAGACCCCACUUGUGGUAGACUACUGGGUUUGUUGUUGUUGUUGCUUCAACAAGUGGUGCAAUUUUGAGAGGGAUGUAACAUCUUUUACAAAUACUUAUCAUGUUGCCGUAUCUAUUCGCAUCGGCAUUUCAUGGAGAUGUUGAUGUCCUAUAUCUCUUGUUCUGAAAGGAUCAGUCUGUUUCUUCUAGCAUUGCACAAGUAUGAUAAUUAGUAUCUGCUGAAAAACUGUGGACUUGAUCCCUUAGGAAAUCUUGUGUAAUACAAUAUCGCUUGUAUAAUAGAUAUAUGUGCUUGAUGAUUACCAAACAUUAAGUGUUGAUACGGUACUUCCCAAACCACGGGGAAUUGACAUUGCCCAUUUUGCAUUCAACUUCUAUUUACUAUUUUGAAAAAUUUAUCUAAUAAUGCUGGAUCUAACAUAGCCGAUCAUGGCACUUGUCGAAAUUUUCCUUUUAAAAUUUGCAGCAUAUGCCAAGUAAAUAUGUGACCUCAUCAGUCGACUGGUUGUAAAAUGGUUCACAGUGUUAUUCAUAGAGAUAUCAUAAAGAAAUGCAACUGCUCGUUCUUUUCUAUUCUUCCUUAUAGUUAUGAGGGUGCCUGGUCAUAUCAAAGGGUUCUAUGCAUUAUUUCAGCUUAUUAGCCUUCUUAAAGAAGGAUUAAUAAAUAGACAGCGAGAUCAAAGCAUACUACAUAUGGCGGUGUUUUGACCAGAAUGGAUCCUCAGGCUUUCAUUAGGCUGUCAAUAGGGUCGCUGGGGUUGAGACUGUCUGGAACAACUACUUUGAACAGUACAAAAUCAGGGAUAAGUGCAGUCACUUCUCCCUGUGUGUGCGAGAUCCGUCUUCGAGGUUUCCCUGUGCAGACAUCAUCUAUUCCCUAUAUUUCCUCGCCUGAAGCUACACCGGAUAUUCACAACAUUGCAUCCAGCUUUUAUCUUGAAGAAUCUGAUUUGAAAGCUUUACUGGCACCUGCCCCCUGUUUUUAUGCGGCCCAUGCAUGUCUAGAGAUAGUUGUUUACACAGGACGCAAAGGAGGCCACUGUGGUGUUGGUAUUAAGAGGCAGCAAGUUGGGACAUUUAAGUUGGAAGUAGGUCCCGAGUGGGGUGAAGGAAAACCAGCCAUUCUGUUUAAUGGCUGGAUAGGAAUUGGCAAGAACAAGCUGGAGACUGGAAAACCUGGAGCGGAGCUUCAUUUGAGAGUGAAGCUGGACCCUGAUCCAAGAUAUGUUUUCCAGUUUGAAGAUAAAACGAAACUAAGUCCUCAAAUAGUGCAGCUUCAGGGAACCAUCAAGCAACCUAUUUUCAGUUGCGAGUUUAGUCAGGACAGGGUAUCUCCGGUAGAUCCAUUAAAUAAUUUCUGGUCAAGUUCAUUUGACGGUUCUGAACUAGAGGUAGAGAAAAGAGAGAGGAAGGGAUGGAAGGUGAAGAUACACGAUCUCUCUGGGUCGGCUGUUGCAGCAGCCUUCAUAACAACUCCGUUUGUGCCAUCAACAGGUUGUGAUUGGGUGGCCAAAUCCAACCCAGGAGCUUGGUUGAUUGUUCGUCCUGAUAUUUGCAGGCCCGAAAGUUGGCAGCCAUGGGGAAAGCUUGAAGCAUGGCGUGAACGUGGGAUCAGAGAUUCCAUUUGCUGUCGCUUCCAUCUUCUAUCAGAGGGGCAGGAAUGUGGUGGUGAUCUUCUCAUGUCUGAGAUCUUGAUCAGUGCAGAGAAGGGUGGUGAGUUCUACAUUGACACGGACAGACAGGUACAAGCAGCAGCGAGUCCACUGCCCAGUCCAAGAAGCAGCGGAGACUUUGCAGCACUAAGUCCUGUUGCAGGCGGUUUUGUCAUGAGCUGUCGAGUGCAAGGGGAAGGGAAAUGCAGCAAACCCCUCGUGCAACUUGCCAUGCGACACAUCACCUGUGUGGAAGAUGCAGCCAUUUUCAUGGCGCUUGCUGCUGCAGUUGAUCUUAGCAUUGAGGCAUGCAGGCCUUUUCGCAGAAAGCUACGGAGAAGUACUCGCCAUUCCUGGUGAUGUAUGUAUACACAUAAUGGGAGAUAGAUAUACUGAUAUCCAAGCCCAUUCCUGUAUUUCUCCUGAUUAUUGUAACAACUUGACUUUUGCUGUGUAGUAACCAACUUAAUCUAUAUUUAUGUUGGUUCAAGUGGCCCCACGACGAUCCAAUGGCUGAGACCCUUAGGACCGUCAUGGUUGUGUCCUCACCAUCUGAAUCAACUCUGAACGAACAUCAUCACAAUUGGGGGGUUCUUUACAAAAAUUCACUUUGCUUACAUUGUUGAUACUGCAGAUUGGGAAAC